AUGGCAGUUUUCGCAAGAGAGCGGCACGAACAUUACCUCAAGCACUUGGACGAUGACAAGGAGUCCCUGGAGUAUAUGAUGUCGGAGCACCUGCGCAUGGGCGGUGUCUAUUGGGGUGUGAGUGCGAUGGCAUUGCUGCGAUGCCACGAGGAUGACACCCAACGCCGCGACGACGUGAUUGACUGGAUUCUCAAAUGCGGUGACGUUGCGUGUCCAGGGGGGUUCGGCCCAAAUAUAGGCCAUGACGCUGACAUUACUGCAACGCACUACGCAUUGCUGGUCCUCUCCAUAUACGGGGCGGUUGACAGGCUUGACAGGGACAGCUUUGUAAAGUACAUCGCGGGUUUGCAAAGAAACGAUGGUGCUUUCAUGGGAGAUCGAUGGGGCGAGGUGGACGUCCGUUUCGCAUACUGCGCGCUCUCAGCCUUGACAAUACUAGACGCCAUAGACGAAGUUGAUGUAGAUGCUUGUGUCCAGUGGCUCCUCCGCUGCCUCAACUACGAUGGGGCGUUCGGGCCCGUUCCGCGCUCCGAGUCGCACGCCGCCUACACAUUCUGCGCGGUGCAGGCGCUGGCUCUCGCUGGCGCCCUGGACGCCGUGGACCUGGACAGGUUGGGCUGGUGGCUGUGCGAGCGGCAGACGCCGCACGGCGGCUUCAACGGGCGGCCAGAGAAGGCGCCAGACGUGUGCUACAGCUGGUGGAUCCUGUCGGCGCUGACUUGCAUCGACCGCGGCCACUGGAUCGAUGGCGACAAGUUGGCAGAUUUCAUCCAUGCAGCGCAGGAUCUGGAGGACGGGGGCAUCGCUGACCGCCCUGAAGAUGUGGCUGAUGUCUUCCACACGUUUUUUGGGUUGGCUGGUCUUUCCCUUCUUCGGAAAGCAGACCUGGCUCCAAUCCACCCUGUGUACGCGCUGCCGGAAGAGGUCGUCGCGCGGAUGAAGCUCCCUCCAAUCAUAGCUGCGUGUGACUACACAGCCUAA